ACCGGCAAUAAAAUCUGAUGAGAAAACGUAAAAAAUACAUAAAAAUCGUAUAAAUAUUUGUCUUAAAUGUUUUUGAACCUCCUAAUCCGAGUAUGUGCCUUGUGAAUCCAUUUUUCGUCUGUUUGCUGAUCUACGAGGAGCAGCGACAAUGGAUUAUCUAAUGAUGCAGUUAUGUGAGCCAUCGAGGUGAUAAGAAAUGGACGGCGCGCUUCUAACAGAAAAUACAAUGAAGGUCGAAGAGGGGAGAAACAGCAGCGAUUCGGAUGAAGGUUUUCAUGAGAAGCUCAUGAAAAAAAUGUAUCCAGGAGCUUCGAAGGCGUCCCUCAAAGCAGAUGAACCUUACAUCGAAUGGACUGCAAGUUACGUCAUUCCUCGUGUUCACCAGAAACGUGACAAAGCCCCAGAAGGUCGAGAAGUCGUAGCUCGUACAUCGUUCAAGAACCCAGAGUCCAGCGAAGCUGCUUUAUAUGAAAAUCCAAACUUGGAACUUGCAGCUGACGAAGCAAUGAUGCACAUCAUGACGAACGCCAGUAAAAUUGAAAGCAAUAAAGAUCCAUCGACUCCAGUCGAGACUUCUUCGCGAACCGAUGAAAUCCCAAAUCGAAACUCGAGAUUGAUGAACAGUGUCAGUUAUCUUCAGCGUGCAGGAAACGAGACACCGCAGCCACAGGAAUCAAAAUCAGCCAAAAUCCAACUGACAGAACAAGAAAUGAUCUCCGAAAAAGUCAACCCCCUUUCACACGUGGAAUCCUACGGAUCAAUCUUAAAAAUCGAAACGAGAGAAGGGAAAACUGAAAAAUUAGAAUCGAUAUCUCAGACGAGGCAAAAAAAUCACCAAGAGUCUAUAGGAAUGGAAAAAGCAGGAGAAGAGAAGCCUUCAUUUAAAAAAGAUUUUACAGACAAACCCGAAACACCGCCGGACUAUAAAACUGAUGGAAGAUCUUCGAGCGGUGAGAGGACACCGAGUUCGCUGUUAUCACCCAGAGAGUUCGUGUCCUUGGGAAAACUGGAUAGAGGUCCGGAAGCACCUUCUAAACACGAUUUUCAUCUUUACCCUUCUAAACCUGAUGAUGAGACGAGUCCUGACGAUUUUACAGAGAUUUUAAUCCCCGCGUCUAAAGCCAAAGUUUCAGAAGAGUCGACUUUGAACAAAAGAGUCAAAGACGAAGCGAUGUACAGGAAGUCUUUGAAGGAAGGCGGCUCUGCGAAGAGAGUGUCCUGGAAGGAGGAACAGCCGACGGUGGUGCCAUACAUCCCGGAACGAUCACCGCGACGCCGUAUCACCAGGAGUCGUUCGAGCAGCAAAGAAGAGACCUCCUGGUCGACGAUCAGCGGCCCGAAGACGACGAUGAACUCUUCCUGGAGCGACGUCUUCCAGGGCAACCCUCAGCCGAGUUUCCUCCGGACCAAGAUCGACGACGACGACUCGGACGACGAAUUCGACAACACUUCGCGUUGCUGCUGCUUUCGGAUCUCAAAGUGACCGGCCUUCUUCACCGGCCGGCUGUUCCCUCGAACAAAAGCUCUCCAAUCUGGCCCGCUUUGUCGUCUCGCCAUGAGAGAAAAGUUCAUCGUCCGCGCAAAAAAUGAGCUUCGUCUCUCCUUCUUCCUACUACCUCUGUACCGUUCCCGACCUGGCUGGGACUUGAGCGAAAAACAUCUUUGAGAUCCGAACCGUGCAUGUGCUGGGGCUUAUAAAUAGAACUGAUGUAUAUAGGUUUUUUUACAUUACACCUUAGACAUUCGCGAGUUUUAUAAGUUAUGUUCAAAUGAAUAAACCCAAUAUUUGUUUUUAUUUUGCAACCUCCUUAUUUAUUCAUAUGUUUAAAACAACGAGACUACAUAGAAAUAAUCGAUAAAGAGAAGAAUGAUACAUUUUCGAAAA